GCUGUAGGGGGCAGCUUCAGCUCUCGGGUCAUGACCCCUGAAGAUCUCUGUGGCUUCCCCCUGUCCUAGAGGAUCCAGAAGCGCGCCACGGAUUAACUCGCAUUUGCUGCCCUUCAGGGGCUGCAUCCGAGCUCAGAAUAAUGAUCGUCGGCAGGACGUUAAGGCUCUUGCGGCUGGAAGCUCUCCUCCGGAUCCUGGCCCCGCCUUGUGGCCUCCACACCUCUGCCAACCAGCCGAACUCCAAUCGCACCUCCAUCGCUUACACCCCAAGGCAGAAAUUCUCCAGGGCCUACCCAGUCCUGUUGGUCAGACCUGACGGCUCGACCAUCCACAUCCGCUACAAGGCGCCAAGGCGGAUUCUUAUGGUGAGAGUCAGUGUUCUCUCUAAGCUAAAUUAGCAGGAGAAAAGAGCCAGAGUACAGCAGCGUCUUAAAAGACACAAAAAAAUUGUGGAAGG